AUGGUUGGGAUUAGCUUUAUAAAAAUUUUAUUUAUGCACCCAUUCUUGCUAUAUGAAGGUUGUGUGUAAAAUCCUGGAGAUGAUUGUAUUAAUAAUGGAUGGACUAAUGGAAAUCGUGUAAUUGAAUGCGAAGGAAAACUUUUUAUCGGAGAUUUUACAGGAGGAUACAAGGUAUCAAAAAUAUUUCCAUGUCCACCAGAAAGAAAACUAAUAUUUUCAUUUACUGUUGCCAAAUUUGAUUCUUGGGAUUAGGAAUCUGUCUUUGUUUAUGCAGAGGAUGUUCUUGUAGGCUAAAUUACUUACUCUCCUUUUGAAGGAACAUAAAUUUGUGGAGGUUCCUAUUUCCCAGAUUUAGUUGAGUAAAAAACAUUUUAAUUUUAAUCUCCCAUAGGACAGAAUAGUUUUAAAUUACAAUUAGAGGAUAACUUAUAAUCAUAUGAUUAAGGUAAUUAAUACUUUAUUUUUAGAAUCUUGGGGAUUUAGAGAAAUUAGAUUAUAAAUUUUGAAUCCUUGUGUUGAUUUCUAUAGUGAGUGUGACUUUUUGGGAGAUAUGUGGAGAAUAUGUGCUGGAAAUUAGACUCUUUUUGCAAAAUUUGUUCCUUUUAAAAUAAAAUCAAUUAAUAUUUUAAAAGGGAUUAGAGUUUAAAUGAAAGACUCAAGAUAUUAUGGAGGAACUCUAUAAACCUAUGAUCAAAAUCAGACUUGUUUAGAUGAUUUUAAUGUAAUUAAAUAUCAUAAAUCAUAUUUUUAGUUUCCAAAAUAUUAAAAAUAAUCAUGA